CUUGUCUGGUCUUUUCGGCACGUCUGUUGCAAACGUAACACUUGGCGACGAAGAUGGGAUUUUGAAGAGUUGCACAGCGUCAAGGAAGGCAAGUGUUCUCGGCAUUCAGCCUCUGUUCAGUAUCGACGAUUGAAGAGUGCUGCAUUUUAUUCGCUGACUGAUAUCAUGAACGAAGAAGCCAGUGCAGGUUCGACGCAGUUUGCUGCUCAACUGGGCCAGAUGGAACCAUUCGACGUUUCCACGAAUGACUGGGCGUCGUACGAAGAGCGGCUAACGUCGUUUCUAAUCGUCAACCGUGUUCCCGAAGGUGACAGAGUACAUGCAUUUCUGAGCAUCAUCGGUCCCAGAACCUACAGUCUUCUGAAAUCGCUGGUCGCCCCGGAGCUGCCUUCAACGAAGAGCUUCGAGGUACUGAAGAAGACCCUGGGGGACCAUCUGUCGCCGAAACCUUCGGUCAUAGGCGAGCGAGCGAAGUUCCACAGGAGACAGCAAGUCGAAGGCGAGUCCAUUUCUGAUUACGUUGCCGAGCUACGGAAGCUAGCACGAACCUGUGAUUUUGGAAGCUCGUUAGACGAAUCCCUCCGGGAUCGCUUCGUAUGCGGUUUGUUAAGAGAGGAUAUGCAGCGAGUGUUGUUCACUGAGGACAGCAAACUCACGUUUCAGAGAGCAGUAGAGCGCGCUCUGGCUAUGGAGGCGGCAACUAAAAGCACGGCUGAAGCCCGCACGGGUGUGCCUGCAGCCAACGCCAUACAUAAAGUAGAGGCGGCUUCGAGUGUCCAGUCGCAGGCAUGUUUUCGCUGCGGGUCGCCGAAACAUUUCGGCAAAGCGUGUCCCCACUUAAACGACAAAUGCUAUAAGUGCAACAAAAGGGGGCACCUUCAACGAGUCUGCCGUAGCGCCUCCGGCACGGCGCGGGGGAAACGCCCCAUCAAGAGCCCUGUUAAAACAUUAGCGGUGGUAUCCCACUCAGAAGUGGUAGCCGUAAAGGGUGUAUCUGCUCCCAGUAUUGAGCCUAUCAUGGUACCGAUGAAAGUAAAUGAUGUGGCAGUUUCUAUGGAGCUAGACACAGGUGCCGCCGUCACAGUCAUGCCUUUCAAACAAUACCGCCAAUUUUUUUCAUCAACCAGACUCGAGCCUACAGAAGUCAAGUUGCGCACCUACACAGGAGCCCUGGUGAUACCAAAAGGCGUCCUACAGGUCAAGGUGCAGCACGGCGGCAACGAGGCGCGCCUGCCUUUAUACGUCGUCGACCAGGAGGGACCGGCAUUGCUAGGUCGGGAAUGGCUUCAGGCAAUCAGGCUGGAGUGGAGCAAAAUCUGGAACGUCCACCAUCUGCCAAGGUCAGAGCUGCACAUUUCUUGUCGUUUAGAAGAAAGGCUACACGCUUUGAUCAGAAAGUACGACUCUCUUUUUAAAGAUGAGCUAGGCAUGAUUACCGAAGAAAAGGCCGAGCUGCAUUUCAAGCCCAAUCAGGCACCGAAGUUUCUCAAAGCAAGAAACGUGCCGUUCGCGCUGCAAAAGGCGGUCGAGGCUGAGCUUUCCAAGAUGGAAAAAAUGGGCAUCAUAACAGCCGUUGCCACAUCAGAUUACGCUACGCCAGUGGUACCUGUUAUCAAGAAAGACGGUGGCAUACGCCUCUGUGGCGAUUAUAAGGUGACAGUGAAUCCGUGCCUUGACGUCACCCGUUAUCCGCUACCGAAGGUCGAUGACUUGUUCGCGGCUCUGUCCGGAGGCACACAUUUUUCAAAGAUCGACCUGAACCGCGCUUACCAGCAAGUGGUGAUGUCCGAUGCCUCAAAGCAAUUCCUAACCUUGAAUACGCACAAGGGAUUGUUCGUUGUCAACAGAUUACCUUUUGGAAUCUCUUCCGCGCCGGGAAUUUUCCAAAAGAUAAUGGACACUAUGUUGAAGGGCCUCAAGGGUGUUUGCUGCUACCUAGAUGAUAUUCUGGUAACGGGGAAAACAACAGAGGACCACUUAGCCAAUCUCGAAGCGCUGCUAGAGCGUCUUCAAAACCGAGGCGUCAGAGUAAAGAAAGAGAAGUGCUCGUUUUUCCGCAGCGAACUUCACUACCUUGGCCACAAAAUCAGCGCUGAAGGCAUAUCCCUGUUGUCUGAUAAAGUUGACGCACUUCUCCAGGCACCAGAGCCGAAGUCUAAGAAGCAGCUUCAAUCUUUGUUGGGCGUUAUCAACUAUUACAGCAAGUUCGUGCCCCAGUUAGCUACGAUAGCUAAACCAUUUUACAGGCUUCUGCAGAAAAAGGUAGCGUGGCACUGGGAUGAGCAUGCUCGAAAAGCGUUCAACCAAGUGAAAACUAUGCUGGCGCAACCGCCUACGCUCGCCCACUAUGAGCCUGAAAGACAACUUAGGCUGGCAUGCGACGCGUCACAGUAUGGUGUAGGAGCCGUCCUAUUUCAUGUCUACGACGAUGGCAGGGCACGACCCAUUGCUUACGCUUCAAGAACGCUAUCCGAAGCGGAAAAGAAAUACAGUCAACUGGAGAAGGAAGCGUUAGCCAUCAUUUUUGGUGUAAAGAAGUUCCACUUCUAUCUUUAUGGGCGCUCAUUCACCUUGGUCACAGACCAUAAGCCUCUUCAAACAAUAUUGGGCCCGACAACUGGAAUUCCCACCAUCGCGGCUGCUCGGUUGCAACGCUGGGCCGUGACGUUGGCAGCGUACUCGUACAAUCUUAUGUUCAAGAAAUCAAGCGAUAACGCGGAAGCCGAUUUCUGCUCGCGUCUGCCGCUGCCAGAUCGUGAAGCGGAAACCAAAGAAACAGAAGAAGCGUUUUAUUCGUUGCGCUUGGACUCGUUGCCUGUUUCUAGUCGAGAUGUCGCGGUUGCCACGAGUAAAGACCGAAUUCUUUGUCAAGUGAAGGAAUUCACAAAUGUUGGAUGGCCCACGUCGAUCACGGAUGAGCACUUGAAGCCUUUUUUUCGCAGGUGCAACGAGCUGACGGUGCAUCAGGGAUGUGUCAUGCUGGGCACAAGAGUAGUCGUCCCUGCAAAGCUGCAAGGGUUCGUUCUCGACGAACUCCAUGACGGCCAUCCCGGCAUCGUGCGCAGCAAAGAACUAGCGCGCAGCUACGUGUGGUGGCCAACGCUGGAGGCGGACCUCGAACGUCGCAUCAAAAGCUGCGCUAGUUGUCAAGAGCAACGUAACGCGCCAAUCAGCGCACCUCUGCACCCGUGGUCAUGGCCGACUUCACCGUGGCAGCGUGUUCACGUAGACUUUGCAGGACCCUUUCAGAAUACCAUGCUUUUAGUAGUGGUCGACGCACAUUCCAAAUGGCCAGAGGUUUUCGAAAUGCGCUCGACAACUGCAGAAAGCACGAUUCGUUGUUUGACCGAGCUCUUCGCACGUUUUGGUUUCCCUGAAACAAUUGUUUCCGAUAAUGGACCUCAAUUUGUUUCGCAGGAGUUCAAGCACUUCGUGCAGGCAAUGGGGGCACGGCACGUCCUCACGGCUCCCUACCACCCCAGCUCCAAUGGGCUGGCAGAGCGUUUCAUUCAGACCUUAAAGAACGCCCUCCGCAAAGACGGCACAGGAGAGACACUGCAGGUAAAGCUGCAUAAAUUUUUGCUGUCGUAUCGCAACACGCCGCAUGCGACGACGCGUGAAUCACCAGCCACACUGCUCCUGGGACGACGCUUACGCAGUCGGCUAGAUGCCGUAAAGCCCUCCGUGGGGGAAAGAGUAGCCCACAGACAGUGCACUCAGGCACUAAGUCGUCCGUGUCACGAACGUCAUUUCUUGGUAGGCGACAACGUGUUAGCACGUAAUUAUUGUGGAAAAACAAAGUGGACUCCCGCUGUGAUUGUUGCUCAAACAGGUCCUGUCUCUUUCAAAGUGCGUGCAACCACACAGAGGGGCACCUUCACCUGGCGUCGCCACCAGGAUCAACUGCUGCACAGACCUGCAGAGGACGUUAACCCUACGCAUGGAACAGCUGGCGAAGCUACGACCAGCGAGUUCCUGGUUUUUCCUGAGACUGGCGACGCACCAGUUCCUCCGACUCCACAACCGUCCAGGGGGACUCCGGUUACGCCACAGGCAACACCAGCACCCGCUGAUGCAAGACGCUACCCCAUGCGAAAUCGUCGCCCACCAGAUAGAUUCCAAGCUGGACUCUGA